AAAUAAUUAUCACUUAAAAAUUCCAACAAAACAUUUAUUGUAUUCUUUUACAAUUUUGCCCCAAGUCAAUUAAUAGUGUCAUUUUAUUAAGAUUUCCCUACAAUCUUCAGCCUAAGACAUUGUUGAUUGAAACCUUGUACUAAAACGAAGCAUGAUAAAUGCUGAAUCUUCAGCUAAGACGUUGGAAAACAAUUCAAAUAUCUAAACAUCUUCUCCACUAUGAUUCCUCCGCUCCUACUGUUCAUCACCCAAAUGCCGAUUCAGUCCCACAAACUAUUUCCUCCAAUUCUUCUUCGCCACAACUUCCUUGCGAAUUCUACCAUUCGCGCCACAUUAUCUCGUCCAACAAAAAGAUAACCUCCUAUAUUCGAGGUGGGGAUUUGAAUUCGGCGCUCGAAGUUUUCUCGAGCAUGAAGGUGAGGACUACCAUCACUUGGAAUUCGAUUCUAGCAGGUUUUUCCACCAAGCCUGGGAAAUUAAAAGACGCACAGCACUUGUUUGAUGAAAUUCCCCAACCAGACAUUUUUUCGUACAAUGUCAUGUUGGCUUGCUAUUUCAAAAAUUCUGCUAUUGAGGCUGCUAAAGAUUUCUUUGAUCGGAUUCCGGUUAAAGAUACUGCAUCGUGGAAUACCAUUAUUUCUGGGUUCUCAAAGAAUGGCAGGAUGGAUGAGGCUAGGGAGCUAUUUCGUAUAAUGCCCAUAAAAAAUGCAGUUACAUGGAAUGCUUUGAUAUCAGGGUACGUUGAAAUUGGCGAUAUGGAUUCAGCAUUAGAAUUAUUCGAAAAGGCUCCCGUGAAGAGUGUGGUUGCUCGGACGAGUAUAGUAACUGGAUAUAUGAGGUGUGGGAAUGUUGAAUUGGCCGAAAAGACAUUUCAAGAAAUGCCGGAAAAAAAUUUGGUAACAUGGAAUGCAAUGAUUGCGGGCUAUGUCGAAAACGGUAGAGGAGAGGAUGGUUUGAAAAUUUUCAAGAAAAUGUUGGAAUUGGGGAUUAAGGCCAAUCCGUCGAGUUUGAGUAGUGUUCUUUUGGCUUGUAGUAAUUUGUCGGUUUUGAAACUCGGAAAACAAGUUCAUCAGCUUAUGUAUAAGUCCCCUAAGUAUUGGGACACGACAGUAGGGACUUCGUUGAUCAGCAUGUAUUGCAAGUGUGGGGUUUUGGAAGAUGGAUGGAAAUUGUUUAUGGAGAUGUCGGUUAAAGAUGUGGUCACUUGGAAUGCAAUGAUUUCGGGAUUUGCUCAGCAUGGGGUUAGUCACAAAGCUCUCGAUUUGUUUAAUGAGAUGAGAAAUAAAGGAAUUAAACCAGAUUGGAUUACCUUUGUUGGAGUUUUAUCCGCCUGUAACCAUGGAGGAUUAGUAGAACUUGGGAUUGGUUACUUUGAGCAAAUGCAGAAGGAUUAUGGAAUUGGAGUAAAACCAGAUCACUACACGUGUAUGAUCGAUCUUCUUGGUCGAGCUGGUAAGCUUAACGAGGCUUUGGAUAUGAUUAAGAAAAUGCCGUUUGAACCUCAUUCAGCCAUAUACGGAACCCUUUUAGGCGCUUGCAGGAUACACAAGAACUUAGAAAUUGCCGAAUUCGCUGCGACAAAAUUGCUAAAUCUUGAUCCUAUUAAUCCAGCUGCAUAUGUGCAGCUUGCUAAUGUCUACGCCGCGAAGAAGAAAUGGGAAGGUGUUUCAAGAAUUAGAAGAUCGAUGAAGGAAAAUAAGGCGAUUAAAACACCGGGAUAUAGCUGGAUCGAGAUAAAGAGUGUGAUGCAUGAGUUUAGAUCAGGAGAUAGGGUUCACUCUGAACUGGAGUGCAUACAUGAAAAACUGAAUGAGCUCGAGAAAAAAAUGAAGUUGGCCGGUUAUUUGCCCGUUCUUGAAUCUGCUUUGCAUGAUGUAACAGAGGAGCAGAAAGAGCAAUUGCUCCUCGGGCACAGUGAGAAACUGGCGAUAGCAUUUGGACUAUUGAAGUUGCCGUUGGGUGUUCCGAUUAGGGUUUUCAAGAACCUGAGAGUUUGCGAGGACUGCCAUUUGGCCACUAAAUUUAUAUCGGGAAUCGAAGGAAGAGAGAUCAUUGUCAGAGAUGCGACGAGAUUUCACCAUUUUAAGGACGGGAAAUGCUCUUGCGGUGAUUACUGGUAGUAAGUAUCCAUGGUUAACUUUAAAUAAAUUAGCGCAACGAAACUAUCUUGAAGAUAUUAUUCACCAUCUCCGUCAUAUAGGUAAGUAAUAUACUAAUGAAUGCCAAAAAGACAAUUGCCAGCACAAAGUUGCAUAUCAGAGUCGAAAUUUAGUUUAUGUUUGCACAAUAUUGGUUAUAGUUCCCAGUCAAAUUUAGUAGUAUUCACCAAUACUUUUAGUUUGUACAAAUGUCUGUAAUAACUGAUGAUCAAACACAUGACAAAAAAGAA